AUGACAUCCGAUUAUUUGCCCCAGCCUAGCAUAACCAUGCUGGAACUCGAUAACGAAACACCACAGUCCGACUUAGACCAUUUAUUUGGCCUCGUCGAAGACGUAGGUGAGGUGGCACUUUCCGCAGUACUGGCGGUUGUGCAUAGCGGCCAUGAAGACACCGGCACCACACUGAAAAGAAAACAAUGUUAG